AUGACUCUUCACGUAUCGAUUGCGCGCACAGAGCGCUGGAGAGGGCGGCGCGGAGGGGCGGAGGGCGGAGGGCGAAAGAGCGAUUCAAUAUUUGUUUGGCUUUUUCACUCGUCGAGUAUUAUUUGUUUAAACCGCGUUUAUCCCGCUCCCGACGCCGUCUCAUUAUUGCAGGGGACCCGACGCAUCGUAGCGCGGGUACACGUAGAAGAGACGCUACGCGGCAGCUACGAACAGAGCCAAACAAAAUUGUUAUAG